GCUGGAAAUUUUAUUUAGUCCUUCACGUCACAUUCCCUGCUGUGACAUAUCACAUCAAAAAAUUAUUGUGUCACUAAACUUGACUGUACUACUUUUAUAAUUUUUACAAUUAAUACAUUGCACACAAAAUAGCACCAAAUGUUAAACACAACAGUCCCAUUUUUAAAUUUCUUUUAAUAAACAUAUGUGUAACUAACUGCACGACAUCGCUCUCAUUUUUAAAGUAAGAAGUUUCUUAAUUUAAGAAAUUUCAUCUAGCCCUUAAUAAAACAAUAAUGUAAUAAUACUAAAAAAUAAUAAUAACAUCAACAACAAUAAUAAUAAUACGUUGAUGUUUUAUUAAAGUCUAGAAAUAGUUUCUUAAUUUAAUUGAAUGGAAAAAAGAAAAAACUAAAUAUGCUUUAUCAGUACCCAUGUGCUAGCCCUUUAAAUUCCCCCGUCGACCACCAGAUGGCGGUAGUGGCGCAGUGAUGGCAGGAAGUGCAGCUGUAAUAAAAAUUAAAGAAGCGAGUGACGUGUUGGGAAAGCCAUUUUCUUAAUGAGCCGUGUUCCACGUUUUCAAUUGUUUUACUAAAGUCUGGCUUAGCUAACAACGGGUGGUUUCGAUACUCUGUUAUCUCUCCCAAAAAAUAAAAAAUAAAUAAAGCCAACACUUAAUUUAGCGCCAUAAGCUAAACGCAGUCGCGGUUAGUCGGUUACGGGAUGCAGUUUCCUGAAUGCCACUUUAUCGUUUAAACAGAUAGCAGUGAAGCUCUGUGUCUGUGUUUGGCACAGAAUGGAAGAGGAGGAAGCGCUGAGAAACUACUGCAGAACAAUGAUUUCUCGUAUCCGGAACAAGCACCAGUCCCCCCAGGAGCACAAACAUGGAGGAGCCAGAGGGAGCAACUGGUCCGAAACUGAGAGACGAGUUGCAUCAGCGCACAGAGGGAGUAACCUCCAUGUUCUUGAACGCAACACAGACCCAGCCUCCCCUCAUGUGGGUCAAGGUCCCGCUGUCCCACACGUCCCCUUUCAACUAGUUACGAUGCUGAGGAUCAAAACCUUGAAGGAGGAGAUGAGACGGGCUGCAGAGGUGGAGCUGCACGGUCCCGCUGUGUGCAGCGUGUGCGCGCAGGAACAGGCUUCUCUGGCCUUGAAAACUUUUAUCAGGAGGAAAAAGACACAACUGCAGAUCCAAGCGCUGAAGUGCAGACUAAACACACGUUUGGGAUUGGACACUUUAGGGGGAGUUGGCACAGAAUCUCUCAAAGCCCUCCAAUGCCCCUCUCUGGAUCUGGGAGGAACUACUUGGCAAAGAUAAGCAGGUCACAGCAACCUGGGUUUCCUUAGCAACCGCUAAGGAACGUGGAGUUGCCCUGGCAACAGAUGAAAUGAGGGGUUACCCUGACAAAAACGCUACAGGAACUCAUUUAGGAGACCUCGCUGUCCUUUUUCAGACAGAUAGCUGCAGACAUGACAGCCGCGGUAAUUAUGGAGCGAGGGACAGUGGCGUAAGUGCAGUCGAACAUAUUCUUGCCUCUUUAUUUUCAAACACAGGCUAAACCCACCCACUUGCACUGCUCGGCAGCAGCUGUGUUUACAUUCACACCCCUAAAUAACACAAAUGUCCAGCCUUUGUUUUGAGUGCAAUAGUGGUGGGGGGGAAAAAUGCACGCUAACAGGGUUAGUACAAAACAGCAGUUUAUUUUCUUAUCAUUGUAUUAAACACACAACACUAUUCAAAGCAAAUGAGUCUGGCCUUUUUUUCCCCUCCAGUUUUGGUGGUCACUGAAACACUGUAAACAUUAAAACAACACUGUGUUGUAUUUCACUUUUAAACCUAUUCGAUUUUAUCUUGGCACAAAAAAAAAAAUACACAACAGACAGCCGUGGCAGCAGGCAUGCACUGCAAAAGAAACGAGAAAAUACAGUAAAAUAUCUAAGGCAAUAACCAAUAGCAACAUGGGCAACAUUAUUCAGACAAGUUCAAAUUUUCUGCAUUAUUACAAUUACAAUUGUCAGGUGCUAAUAAACUACCGUGAAAGUCGUACAUUACAUAUAAACACAUCCAAAGCACUGGAAAAACUACAAAAUAACAUUACUAGAUGCUCAACCAAAUCUU